UUUCGUCACCCGUGUGACGAAACGCACCACCACCAGAAUCACAAACAGGAAGUUGGGUGUGGUUGUGCAAAAGUUGUACGAUGGGGCUCGGCUGUUCGAAAGAGAAGGAUAUCCAGAUUCCCGAGAUUGGUGAAGUUGAUGCAGAUGAUGAAGGCAUUGACGCCGGACGGGUUGAAGAUUACGGGACGCAAGAAGUAAGGGAAAUUAAGGUAACGCCGGAAUUUACCAUACUCAUGUCGCAAGUGGAGGGGAAUUUUUACGCGUACGGGAGCAAGUGUCCUCAUUACGGGGCGAAUUUGGCAAAGGGUGCUUAUCUCGAUGGGAUUAUCAAGUGUCCCUGGCACGGGGCGUCGUUUGAUGUGCGGACAGGUGACAUCGAAGACUAUCCCAGUCUGGAUUGCAUCCCCUCAUACCCCGUGAAACGGGACGAGACAGGAAAAUUGACCGUGUAUCCCAACAACAUCGGAACGUACACGGUUCAGCGACCCAUGUGCAGUCUGCAGGUGAAGCAGGACCUCUACGUCAUCUUUGGAGCAGGCCCUGGUGGUCUUUCCGCGGCUCAAACGUUACGAGAAAUCGGUUGGGACGGUCGGAUCAUAAUGAUCACGAAAGACGACUAUUUGCCCUAUGAUCGGACCAAGUUGAGCAAAUCGCUCGGCAUUGACUGGGACAAGAUCAAAUUGAGGGACGAGGCUUGGUUUGAGGCGGCAGAAAUUGAGGUCAUGCUGAGUGCAAAUGUCACCUCUUUGGAUGUCGAAGAACAAGAGCUUACGAUCGAUGGGAUGGACGAGACGGUUGAAUAUCAUAGGAUUUUAAUCGCAACCGGAAUGAAACCCCGUGUCCCGAUCUCGACAAAGAACGGAAUAAUCGGCACUGAUCUGGGCAACAUCGAAACCUUGUACGACCUUCGCGACUCGCGCCGCAUCAAGGAGAAGUCCAAAGGCAAUGUGGUCGUCAUGAUGGGGGCUGGAUUCAUCGCGAUGGAAAUCCUCCCCUCGCUGAGCCUCCUUGCAAGAAGAGUCUACGUCAUCCACCGUAGUAAACGUCCAUACGGCAUUACUUUUGGCGACUCCGUGGGUCGCGUCGUUCAACAGCACUUGCUUAAAAAGUUUGGGAGGAACGUUCGCUUUAUUUGUUCCGACGCAAUCAAAAAAAUUUACGGCAAUGCAAAGAAAAAUGUUUGGAAGAUUCGGACCCUCAAGAAGCGAUCAAUCAGAUGCGACCUGGUCAUCUUUGCUAUCGGCGGUAUCCCGAAUACGGACAUGAUCCUGCCGUAUAAGCCACAGCUGGAAAAUGAUGGCUUCAAGCUUCCCCAUGAGCCUGCUCUAGGAAUGCAAGGUGGAUUCAUCCCGGUCAAUGAGUAUAUGGAGACCCAUCUUCGCGACCACUACGCCUGCGGGGACAUAGUCACCUUCCCAUGCCGCAGUUCUGUGACAACAAAGGCUCAAUGCGGUCAUUUUGGAAUGGCCCAGAAAAUGGGACACAUCGCGGCUCUUGCCAUGGCAGAUCGGCAGCCAGAGUCCAUCAUUGAAACGGUUCCCUUCUUCUGGACAACCGUAGCUGGAGUGACGCUCCGUUACGUUGGCUAUGGAGAGCACUACAACCAUACGGUCAUCUUCGGCGAUCUGAACGCCCUCAAGUUUCUCGUCCUCUACAAACGUGGAUGGAAGACGGUGGCCGCCUGCGCCUGUAACUGCGACCCGAUCGCGGCCAAGUUGUCGUUCGACCUGCAGGACAAUGUCCACUACGAUGAAGAGUAUCCCGAGUACAUCACAAGCAUCUUUACUCAAAAACCGAUCUCUGGUGAUACAAUCUUCGGACUCAAGUAUACGUACGAAGAGGACGUCAACGAGUACGAUCUGAUCGCACACAUCGUCCAACGCUCCUGGGUUGACAGAAGGAAGAAGGAUUUCAAGAAAGCGGCUCGAAAAGAUGUCGAAUAUAUUCAUAAACCAAUCAUGAGUAUUUAUGAAAAGCUGUUUUACAGAAAACAGAAAAAGUUCCAUCGACCCACCAAGCUUGAAAUUAUGGCCAAGUAUGAUCCAGUCCGUUUAAACUUCCAACGUUUAGCUUUGUACAAAGAUACGCGAUUCCGUUUCGCUAGAAAUUUUGCAUUUGUGCGAACUCGCCGAACUCCGACGAGGCGACCGAUCUUUUACUGAUUGGAUCUCUGUUUAGUAUUAUUUCUUGUUGUCUUUAACUGGCAACGAAUUGCGGUGCACAAGUACUAGGAAAAUGGUACUUGCAAAAAUAUUCAGUCGUAAUCUGUUGUGAUAUGAUUAAAUUCUCUGUGUGAUCAUUGUGAUCAUUAUUAUUUCACAAAAAAAAUGAAACGUAAAAUUUAAUAAAGUGUGGAAAGGUUUAAAGGGUGCUAUUUAACCGGUACUUAAAUAUAUGAAGAUCAGGAGAUCAGAGUGACGAUGAUGUCAAGUAUUAUUAUUAUAUUAUAGUACACAAUUAAUUAGUCUUUAAUGUGUUACUGCUGCUGGUCAGGCUCUUCUCUAGUACCCCACACGCAUUAUCAUCAUAAUUUUUGUGGUGUGGUAAGUGACGAUGAUAUUAUCGGUUCAGUAUUUAACAAAAUAAUCAGACAAUUCACCUGCAACUAUUAUUAACUGUGUAAGCUGUGUAACUGUAAAGUUAUCAAAUUUGCAAAAAAUCUCUCUAAAGUAAUUUCAAAUCAAUCUUCACAAUUUUCUGUGUUUUUGGUUCGUCCAUCUCAAAAAUUUACACAGCUUACAAAGUUACACAAGUGGUGUGAAUAUCGUCAAUGCAAAUAAUAAUAUUUUGUCCGGUUGGGUAAUUAUAGUUAAUUGCUCUUCAAUUGCUUAUGCUAAUUAUGCUUCCAAAGAAUGAAAGACCAAAGAGAAUAAAUAGAUACAUAAUUAAAUAAUAAGUAACCAAUCAUGUUAAAAUUGCAAUGUAUAAUUAAGUAACUAAUUACAAUAAUUACGGUGCAUUUAUAGUGAUGAAAUCGAAAAGACAAUGAAAGAAAGAAGGGACCAAUAACCAAUCUGAUAUUUUAGUCUGUAGUAUAGCAAUUAGCACACAAAAUACUGGUUAAUUUGGAAUUACAAGCGUAUUUAUUUAGCACUAUCAGUUUACUUAUAUAAAACAUUGUGUAUAGCGUUUGAAAAAGGUAAAAUAAAUGCGUAUCUUCUUGCCAUGAAAAACCGUA